AUGAAUGGGCCACCGGUGGUCCAUGGAAAUGGUAAUUAUAAUUCCAGUGUGAUGAGUGAGAAUGCAGAUUACUCCACAAGAUAUCAGUGCAUAGAGUGUUUGAGAGUUCUUGAUACAAGAGAGGAGUAUUUCCGACACUUCAGUGCUGAACAUCGAUCAGCUUGUAUUCAGGAAAACUAUUAUCGAUGUUUUGGUUCGUGUAAACGUCUUUUUCCCAAUAUUGAUAUUUUUCGAGAACAUUUAUCAGUUUGUCAGCAUGCACAAACAAUUUUUCGGUCAACAUUUGGAUAUUCCUAUACUUAUAGUAAUGAUAAUAAUGACAAUAAUAAUAAUCAUGGUAAUAAGGAUAUACUUAAUUUAUUGGACCCAGAGCAUACAGAUGACAACCAACAAGCACAAGCACAACAGCAACAGUCUGUCAGAACCUACUCAUCAUGUGAGAAUAAUGCAUCUUCUUCGUCUGCUUCGUGUGCUUCUAGUUAUGGGAGGAUGAGUAAUAAUGCAUCAGUAAUAUUUGAUCGAAAAUUAUGCUUCUGUGCAUACUGUGGUAUUGGACCAAGGAGAAAUACAGCGGUGACUGGUGGUGGUAUUCAUCCUUCGUCUACAGAGAUAAUAACAACAACAGCAACGACAACAAGAACAACAACUACUACUAUGACUUCAACUUCUUAUUCCUUGUGUAUGGAUCAUCCACAUGCACAGAUGACUUCUGAUUCAUUAUUGCUGCCUGCAGAAUCAAAUGUAUCAGACGAAGUGACACCAAGAGGAAACAACGAAAUCAAUCUAGUACUUCAAAAUCAAGAAUCAGUAGCAGACAAUGGUUCUAGUUCCGACUGUUCUCAACAGCUACUGCAACAACAACAACAACAUCAACUACAAGAAUCUCCUAGUAACUGUGAUACAACUCCAUUCACUGCUCGAUACUUUACAGAUCUGAUAAAUUUACACAAUCAUGAAAGAGAUUCUCACUUUUUCGACAGUCGUAAACUGAUUGCUUGUCCUUGGUGUCACAAGCAAUUGACAUUUUCUAAAAAAGAUAAUGCUAAUGUGACUUAUGAACACUUAUUAUCACAUGUUCAUGAACACUAG